AUGGCUGGCGAGGCGGUCCUGGGGCGGGGGGUAUCGGGAUGCGGGAUCUGGGGUCGGGGGAGGAGGAGCUGGAGGGGAGCGGGUUGGGCAGUCGCCAGGAGGGCGGCGGGGGAGGUGGGGAAGUCAGGGAAGGUGGCUGGGUCGAAGCGACGGCGGAGUACCGUUCGCCGCGGAGGGGAUGAGGGUUCGGAGGCGAGGAAGGGGGCUGGUGGGGGCAGGGGUGGCCAGGCGGAACUAGGGAACGGGGGUGGCGGUGGCUGGGGUCGUUUAGGUGGGUCGGGCUCCGGGGCCAGCAUCCGGGCGACAGCGGUCAGCCGUCGCGUGACCUCCGCGGUGUCGGCCGGGUCGACCUCCAUCGCGGGGGGCGAGGGCGACUGCGCGACCGUCGAGGGGGUGAGGGUCCCGGACUCGGAGGAGGAGGAUUGGGGCUCGGGGAUGGUGCACCCCAACGGGGCGAGGGAACCAGGAGGGGAUUCGGGGCGAAGGGUCAUGUGGACCGAAAAAGGGGGGGGGGGGGGGUCGCGUGGUGCGCGCGGCGAGCAGGCCACGCAGUGGCACUCCUCGUCCCACGUGUGGGAAAACAACGUAGGGGCCUCGGUGCUGGGGUAG